AUGGUCGAAUCCUCCUCCACGGCGCCGUCACUGCUGCGCGCGGGGGCAGCAGAGGCGAUCGCCUUCCCACCGUCUGCUGCAGAGCAUGACUUCGAGGAGCUUCAGGAGCGCGAUAGCGAGCAGCAGAUCUCCCGCUCCCUAUGGACACAGCGAGUCAGGGACUUGUGGGGCCCGGAACCGCCCUACGAGGAGCAGCCGGAGGACCGCUCUGGCUGGGUUGUCGGUACUCUUUUCUAUCACUGGAUUGGGCACUACAUCCGCGAGGCGUCACGGGAGCAGCUGACAGAAAGCGGGCUGCCAAAGCCAACGAGACAGUAUCGCGCCUACAACGCCGGUGUUGUGCUGUCGGCGGAGCUGCAGCGCCAGCGAGCGCGCCGCCAUGCGUGGGACGGCUACGUCGGCACGCGCGUCGGCGUGCGCUGGGACGACGCCAGCGACGGCGUGCUGCGCUGGGUGGGCGCGGUGCAGCAGUACGGCACGCCGGGGCGGCUGUACGCGGGCGUGGAGUGGCGCGUGGCCCCGUCGCGGCGCCGUGGCUGCUGCGCUCGGCGCUGCAUGGGGUGGCUGCUGCGCCGCGGCCGCAGCGCCCCUGUCCCGGAGCGGGGUCCCGGCGCGUAUCACCGCGGCGAGGUGGAUGGCGAGCACCUGUUCGACCCGGUGGAGGACGACACGGUGCUGACGUGCGAGCGAGUUGAGGACGUUGUGUUUCGCCUGGGAUUCCGGGGUGAUGCAAGCCAGGUCUCAUCCACGCGAGCGUUGCUAAAGGAGCUGCCGGAGUCUGCGCAGCAGUGUCCGCACGCCAUUCAGGUGUGGUGGGCGGUGUGGACGCUCUUUCGCCAAAGCAUGCUGCACGUUGUUGUUCUCGGCAGCAUCCGCAACGGAUGCCAGCUGAUGACCCCUCUCUUGCUGAAGUGGUUUGUGGCGUACCUCGGCGGCGUAGGCGAGCACAAAGAUCGGAGCAAGGCCGGCAUCACAGCCACCAUUACUUCCCCCGUUUCUUCAUCAGAUUCGGCCUUUGCGUCGGUGCAUCGUGUCAGCAGUGCAGGCUCACCCGACAUCGGUUGGCAGCGCGGCGUAUGGCUUGCGGCGCUCAUGUUCGUCACCAUGGUCGGGGAGACGCUUGCUGGCAACAAGCAGUACCACGUGCGCCGUCGUAGCUCUCUGCAGGUGCGCAACGCCCUCUCGGCCGCUCUGUUUGAGAAGGUCUUCACCAUGUCCCCAAAGGCGACGCACCACCCCGCUUUCAACGCGGGACGGCUGACAAACUUGGUGAGUGCUGAUGUGGGGGUGAUAGGUCGGUUCAUUAUGAUGUUUUGGACGCUGGUCUCCACCCCGUUCAUGCUGGCCAUCGUCUUCUACCAGCUUUAUGUGUUGCUGGGCGCGAGCGUGUGCGUCGGCGGCGUGGUGGCGCUUGCAUUCAUGCCCCUGCACGCCUAUCUCGUGAGGAAGAUGAGCUCCCGCUACCGCAGCAAAGCCGACGCGACUGACCACCGCGUCAGGGCGACGACGGAGUUGUUCGCCGGCAUCCGUGUCGCCAAGUUUAUGUCGUGGGAACCGUUUUUCAUCUGCCGCAUCGAGAAGCUGCGCAGCGUGGAGCUCUCGCACCUCAAGACGUUGCAGCAGGCCAUCAUGAUGGUCUUCUUUCAGUUCAACGCGACACCUGGCCUCGUCAUCGCCAGCGUCUUCUUCACGUUUAGCGUGACCGGCCACACCCUGACGCCCACUAUUGUCUUUCCAGCCAUUGCGCUGUUCAACCUGCUCAUGGGCCUCGUCUCCAUGUUACCGUUUGCACUGCAGCUCAUGACGAAGCUGUUCGUCUCGCUCCGGCGCUUGAAUAUGUUCUUCGACGCCGAUGAUGAGCUGGUGCCGGUCGUUGAAGACAUUGCCCUCGCAGCGAGUCGCGUGAUGCCCACGGACGUCCCCCGCGCAAUAGGUGCGGACGACGCACAGCAGCAGACACCGUCCUCCCCUCUAAUUCAUGAUGUUGCAGCUCAGUUUGUGCACGCAGACCUCAGCACCUAUGUCGCUCAGGAGCUGAAGAAAAUGGAUGGCGCACUGGAGGCAAAUAGCGCCGUCUCCGGCGCUGCCGAUCGGGCACCGCUACCCGAAGCAGAAGCUUCCCUGCCAGAUCACCCGCCCUCGUCCUCGUCCACAGCGCCAGCACCAGCAGAUCCAGUGACAGAACCCGUGAAGGCUGAGGGCGGUCGUGCGGGCCACGAAGACGCUGCCGCUCCCUCAGAGCCCUUGUCGUCAUCUGCCCAGAAAGGCACCGCUGAAAUCACCUUCAACGAGGACUCCAUCUACGUUCUCAAGACAAAGACGCUGCUGGCGGAUGUGGACCUGCGCGUGCCGCGCGGGCGGCUGACGGUGGUGCUUGGGCCGACGGGCAGCGGCAAGUCCACGCUGCUGAACGCGCUGAUCGGCGCGCUGGCGGUGACGCGCGGCCGCGUGGCGUGCUCGCGCAGCGUGGCCUACGUGCCGCAGCAGCCGUGGAUCAUGGGCGCGACGCUGCGCGACAACGUCGUCUUCUUCGGCGCGCCGGACGCGGCGGCCUUCGAGCACGCGGUGCGCAGCAGCCAGCUGGCGUCAGACCUGGCGCUGCUGGCGGACGGCGCGGAGACGGAGAUCGGCGAGAACGGCAUCAACCUGAGCGGCGGGCAGAAGGCGCGCGUGAGUCUUGCGCGCGCCGUGUACGCGGACCGCGACGUGUACGUGCUGGACGACCCGCUGUCGGCGCUGGACGCGCAGGUGGGCGAGCGCGUGAUGCGCGAGUGCGUGUGCGGCGCGCUGGCCGGCAAGACGCGCGUGCUGGCCACUCACCAGGUCAGCGCCGCCGCCUACGCGGACUACGUCGUCGUGCUCGCCGCCGACGGCCGCGUUGCGUUCCAAGGGAGUACUGAGGCCUACUACAAGGAUCAUCUAGCGGGGCAAGUGAGCCAUCGCGGCGCCGCUUCGAGUGAUGACACUGCGGGGGCUGUAGAGAACGAAGCACCCGUGGUAAGCAUCACAGCAGAGAAGAAGUUGAGCGAUUUGAUGGGGGAAGCGCUACCGGCGGCGGACACUUCGUUGACAGCUGUCUCUGAGGCGGAGGGUCGCGCCGUCGAAAAGAAAGGAAAGCUGCUGACGGAAGAGGAACGCUUCCGGGGAGCAGUGGGGUGGGACGUUUACGUGCGUUACAUGAAGGCGUGCGGCGGCGUCGGCGUGUGUGUGAGUAUCGUGGCACUCUAUCUCGCUACGGAAGUGGUCAUGAUGUCGACUUCCAUAUGGCUGGCGCUGUGGUCCACCAAGUGGCUUCCGCUAUCCGCGACGCAGUACAGUUUCAUCUACGUCGCCCUUUCCUUUGCCAGCGCGCUGACAACGCCACUCCGCUACUGGCUUUCCAUGAGCGUGAUGCGGCGAGCCAGUCGCGAGGUGCACCAGGAGCUCCUCCGCUCCGUGGCGUGCGCCACGCUGCAGUUCUUUGACACAACGCCGCUCGGCCGCAUUGUCAACCGCUUCACCAACGACAUGAGCAACAUCGACAGUGACCUGCAAGGUAGCUACAGCUAUCUCCUCUCCACCAUCUCUACGUUCUUCUCGACCGUGGCGAUGAUGGUGGCAACGCAGGUCUUCGUGCUUGGUAUCCUUAUACCCUGCAUGGUGGCGUACUACUACCUUUUGAAGUUCUACGCACGCGCCAACCGCGAGAUCAAGCGCCUAGUGAAUCGAGUCAAUUCCCCAAUGCUUUCGGUCCUGCAGGAAGCGAUUGGCGGUCGUUGGACGGUGCAAGCGUACGGCGCGGCGCCGGCAGUGAUUCGGAAGGCUAUUCGAUGUGCAGAUGUCAUCUACACCUGCUCGUACCUGCAACUCGGCGCGGAGCUCUGGCUUUCUGUGCGUAUCCAGCUGCUGAGCACGUCCAUUACUGUCGCCGUGGCACUCGGAGCUGUAGCGGCCAUGCACCUCUCGUUUCUGCCGUCGCACAUCGGCCUUCUCUCCCUCAGUCUCACCCUGGCCCUCGAGAUCAGCAGCCUCCUGGACGGCAUCGUCACUGUGCUCGCCUCCGUGGAGGCAGAUAUGAACAGCAUUGAGCGCGUCUUUUAUAUGACAGACCACAUUGAACAUGAGGACCUGCAGGAGGCCGUCGUAGCGGAGGUUCAGCGCAUCACCGAGGGUCCGCACGGCCCUGCACAGCGCUGUGCAGAGACCUUGGCAGAGAGUGACGAGCCUCCUGUCCUGGAUAACUGGAGCUCGCCGCUUCUCAUCCGUCAAUCAGGCAACACCCAGUUUGGAGCGCUUGUGCUGGAGCACGUGGACAUGCGGUACCGGCCGGGGCUGCCGCUGGUGCUGCGCGACGUGUGCUUCGCGGUGGCGCCGGGGCAGAAGGUGGGCGUUGUGGGGCGCACCGGCAGCGGGAAGUCGACGCUGCUGCUUGCCUUCCUGCGGCUGGUGGAGGUGUGCGGCGGCCGCAUGCUCGUGUGCGGGCGCGACGCGCGCGACUACGGCGUGCGCGAGCUGCGCGGGCUCUUCUCGAUGAUCCCGCAGGACCCGCUGCUGUUCGACGGCACGGUGCGCAGCAACGUGGACCCCUUCGGCCGCUGCGGCGACGCGGCGGUGUGGCGCGCGCUGCGGCAGGUGGGGAUGGAGGAGCGCGUGCGCGGCGAGGCGGGCGGGCUGGACGGGCGCGUGCAGGAGGGCGGCGCAAACUACAGCGUGGGCCAGCGCCAGCUGCUGUGCCUGGCGCGCGCGCUGCUCAAGCGCGGCAGCGCCUUCCUGCUCAUGGACGAGGCAACCGCAAACGUCGACCCAGCGCUCGACCGCCAGAUCCAGCGCACGGUGCAGCACACCUUCCGUGACUACACCGUCGUCACCAUCGCGCACCGCCUGCACACCGUCGCCGCCUGCGACGUCAUCUUCGUCAUGGACCAGGGCCGCGUUCUCGAGUUCGGCUCGCCGCGUGAGCUGGUGGAGCGCCAGGGAUCCGCUUUCGGUGCGCUGGUGAGGUCGCUCGGCCGUGAUGGUGAACAGCUUUUCGGGGAGACGACGCAACGUGCGUGA